AAUAACACCUCCUCUUGUUCAGCACCCAAAGUCGAAGGAAAGCUCUGCUUGUGGGCCUCUCAAUGGAGGAAAGUACUUCAUUUGUCUCUCUUGUAUAACAUUGCCCACUUCCCAGUCCCCCUGUUUUUUUUUGUUUUGUUUUUCUAAAACAUUAACUGCUGAGGGGGUGACCGAAGUAGCGUCAAACAUGAGUAAAAAUCAACGCCAUCCAAGCAGGGAACCACCGAGAGAGGAUUUAACGCCGCUCGUCUGAAGCCAACCUCGAAUUAUUAUUAUUUCUCCCCCUCCCUCAACUCUCCUUCUCGGUCAAAUAAGGAAACUCAUCUUGGCGCUAGCUCCACAGAGAAGCUUCUAGAGGCCUUUUCGUCGACGCCAAUCCAGCCGAGAUUGGACCCGGACUCGCGGAGCGACGGGAAAACCUGUAGGCAGCGAUGGGUGCAUUCCUGGACAAGCCGAAGACGGAGAAGCACAGCGCCCACGGCGAUGGCAAUGGUCUCCGUUACGGUCUGAGCUCCAUGCAGGGCUGGCGGGUGGAGAUGGAGGACGCCCACACGGCAGUGGUGGGCCUCCCGCACGGACUGUCCGACUGGUCGUUCUUCGCCGUGUACGACGGGCACGCCGGUUCCCGGGUGGCCAAUUACUGCUCGGGUCAUCUGCUGGAGCACAUCCUCUCGGGCGGCACAGAGUUCGGGUCGGGGCCCGGCUCAGUGGAGGGCGUGAAGGACGGCAUCCGCGCAGGCUUCCUGAAAAUUGACGAGUAUAUGCGCGGCUUCUCCGACCUGCGGCAGGGCCUGGACCGCAGCGGCUCCACCGCCGUCUGCGUGCUGCUCAGCCCCAGCCACCUCUACUUUAUUAACUGCGGAGACUCUCGGGCUGUGCUGAGCCGCCACAGCGAGGUGGGCUUUUCUACGCAGGACCACAAACCCUGCAACCCCCGCGAGAAGGAGCGCAUCCAGAAGGCCGGCGGCUCUGUCAUGAUUCAGCGGGUCAACGGCUCACUGGCGGUCUCCCGGGCGUUGGGGGACUACGACUACAAGUGUGUCGACGGCAAGGGUCCCACCGAGCAGCUCGUCAGCCCCGAGCCCGAAGUCUGCGUGCUGGAGCGGGCGGCCGACGCUGACGAGUUCGUGGUGCUGGCCUGCGACGGGAUAUGGGACGUCAUGUCCAACGAGGAGCUUUGCGAGUUUGUGCGCUCGCGCCUUCUGGUCUGCGAGGACCUGGAGAAGGUGUGCAACUCAGUGGUGGACACCUGCCUGCACAAGGGGAGCAGAGACAACAUGAGCGUGGUUCUGGUGUGUCUACCUGGUGCCCCUAAGAUCUGUGAGGAGGCUGUGAAGAAAGAGGAGGAGUUGGACAAAUUUCUGGAGGCCCGCGUUGAAGAACUCCUCACCAACUGCGGUGAAGCCGGAACGCCGGACCUGGUGUCUGUGCUGAGGAGUAUCGCCACGGAGAACAUCCCCAACCUCCCACCAGGUGGAGGACUGGCAAGCAAACGAAGCGUGAUCGAAGCAGUGUACAACAAGCUGAACCCCCACAAAGAAGAAGAAGGGGCUUGUGCGGAGGGAGAGGAGGAGAGUGAGGAGGGAGGCGGCGGCCCGGCGGCUCACCUGCUGGAGGCGUUGCGGCAGUUCCGCCUCCACCACCGGGGGCAGUACCGCGCAGCCCUCGAGGACUCGCUGGCCAGCUACCAGGCACGAAGGACCGACGGCGACGAUGACGACGGCGAACGGGAGCGGACCGCCUCCCCUCUCUCUCCCCCCUCGCCCCCGCCCUCACCCGCCGUGGCCGAGCCCGACGCCCGCCAGGAUCCCGCUUUUUGACUGCUUCCUCCUCUUCCUCCUUGUUUUCUUCCGUCAUAGACACUUCUUCUUUAUUAUCCAAAGUUUUAAUAACUGCUCCAGUGCGCUUUCCCUUCCCUUGCUCGCUUGUCACCUAGCCAGGCGGCCAUUUUGAAGUCCUUCUAGACAUUUUCACUUUGAAACCCCUCCACCCUACCCACCUUCUCCCACUCCUCACGCAACAAGUGGACAGGACAAAGAGUGCACGCUCAGAACUGCCUUCUUUAACACGUGGCGCCAUUUUCUUUACAGACUCCAAACACACGCUUGUUUGUGUGUUGCCAUGUUAGAUUGUACUGUAUGUGUAAGAAUGAGCUGGCGACCAAUCAUUGCUGCUAUGAUUAAUCUUUUGACAGUGUUUUUUUUUUUUUUUUUCCAGUUGUUUAAUUCAUUCACUGUCAUUGGACGGAAAUAGUUGUCCAUUUCAAAUCUGAGAUUUGGCAGUGACUGAAUUAACUCGUGAUGUUUUACACAAUUUUUUAACACCUAGCAUUAAUUAUGGUUAGGUACACAUCGAUUCAAUUCAUGCGUGUAUCCAAAGCAGAACGCAAUUAACUCAUUCACUGCCAUUGACGGCAAGAGACGUCCAAUGAAUUUUGAAUGGGAAGUGAUUGCCCCUCCCAGUCAAAAUGGAUUAGACAUCAAUCACAGUCAAUGGCAAUCAAUAAUUUAAUCAAUCUGACAACCUAAACUAAUAAACUAUUAAACUACUUGAGAUAUGUUUUACUCUUUUGAGGGAUGAGUUAAAUGUUGACAGGUGUUCUUAUGACACAAAACCAGGUGAGUCAACGUACAUCUCGUAACCUUUUGGUUAAACUCUGUACAAAAGCUCACAUUGCGGUUAAACAGAGCGACAUUUUAAGAUAGUCUUAAAGCUAACACGCCAUUUUCCUCCAUUUA